AUGGGAAGUUGUUGCUCUAAACCUACAGGAAGUUUACUCGUAAACAAGAAGAGUGACUUUGCGUCAAAAAUAAAAGAGAUCAAGAGUGAAAGUGUUCGAAUCUCUAAACCUCCUGAGAAUGUCACAAGACGUCAUAAUGGUAGUUCUAGUGCUUCCAAGAGCGAUAACGUGGUUAUUAUGAUUAUGAAUGUUGAUGUAAUUCAAGGAGGACAAAGUGGAGGACAUGGAGGACACCACAGUGGAGGAGGACAUGGAGGACACGAUGGCGGAGGACAUGGAGGACACAGUGGAGGGUGUGGAGGAGGAGGUGGUUGUGGAGGCGAUGGAGGAUGCGGAGGAGGCGGCUAG